GUGUAUCCUGUGUGUGCGUGUGCUGUGUUCAUGUGUGUAUACUGUGUACAUGUGUGUGUACUGUGUGCACGUGUGCUGUGUGUGAGCAUGUGUGUGUAUACUAUGUCUGUGCAUGUGUGCAUGUGCCUCAACGUGUAGGCCUGCAGCUGCACUUGUGCUUGUCUGUAUGCUCUGUGCACAUGUGCAGGCACGUUGUCCAGGACCAGAGCCGCUCCAUAGUUGGAACAGGAGACACAGAUUUAUUCAGGGUUAUUGCCAUUCAGGGAGAGGGAUCCCGCAGAACCGGCUCGCAGGAUGGGGUGGGGGACUUAAGGCUAAAGAGCAGAGGGGGUGGUCAGCCAUGGAAAAUCACUAAGAGGGGACAUAGGGAGGGGGAUUCUUUCCAGACUGGCCUAAAGGCUUCUAGACAGGGCAGCGGGGACCUGAGGAGCUAGAUCUGACGUCAUGGGGGGGCACUCUCAGCCAACUUGGCACGAUGAUCCCCCCUAAAGUAGCGGGGCUGGCCAAAGACAGGGCUUGGCCGUGGAGAGCCCAGGGCUCCCGGGCAGAGGGUGUGAGGGGCGUUCUUUCUGUUCCUGCCCCAGGAGACAUGGAUGCCUUGGAACUCGCCAGAAAGCUGCAGGAGGAAGCCACCUGCUCCAUCUGCCUUGACUACUUCACGGACCCCGUGAUGACCGCCUGUGGCCACAACUUCUGCCGGGAGUGCAUCCGCCUAAUGUGGGAGAAGGCCAAAAGUAGGAAGGGGGGCAGGAAGCGGAGGGGCUCCUUCCCCUGCCCCGAGUGUCGCGAGCUGUCCCCCCAGAGGAACUUGCGGCCCAACCGCCUGCUGACCAAGGUGGCGGAGAUGGCACGCCAGCACCCGGCCUUCCAGAGCAGGGACCUGUGCAAGGCGCACCAGGAGCUCCUCAAGCUCUUCUGUGAGGACGACCAGAGCCCCAUCUGUGUCAUGUGCAGGGAGUCGCGGGAGCACCGGCCCCACACGGUGGUCCCCAUCGAGGAGGCUGUGCAGGAGUACAAGCUGAAGUUGGAGGCGGACAUUGGGUCCCUUCGGGAGGAGAUGAUGAAGACAAGAGAGAUGCAGGCCAGGGAGAAACAGACCUUGGCGGAGUGGCAGGAGAAGGUAAAGGAGCAGAGGCAGCGCAUCCUGAUGGAGUUUGAGAAGAUGGGCCUCCUCCUGGUGGAGGAGGAGCAGCGCCUCCUCCAGGCCCUGAAGGAGGAGGAGGACGAGGUAGUGGCCAAGUUACGGGAGAGCUCCGCAGCACUUGAGAAGCAGGGCCACGCCCUGGAGAUGCUCCUGCUGCAGUUGGAAGACAAGAACCAGCACACACCGCUACAGAUGCUGCAGGACAUGAAGGAUCUCCUGAGCCGGAAGAACAGCCUGAGAGUGCAGUAUCCAGAGGCCACCCCUACCAUUCUGAGGACUGUCUGCAAGGUUCCCGGGCAGAUAGAGGUGCUCAAGAACUUUCAAGAGGACGUGGUGCCGGACCCUGCCACUGCGUACCCCUACCUCCUCUUGUACGAGAGCCGCCAGAGGCGCUACCUCACGCCCCCGCUGGAGUCCAUGCCCCAUGGCAAAGACAGAUUCCUGGCCUACCCUUGUGCUGUGGGCCAGGAGGCCUUCUCCUCCGGAAGGCACUACUGGGAGGUGGGCAUGAACCUCACUGGCGAUGCACUCUGGGCCCUGGGUGUGUGCAGGGACAACGUGAGCCGGAGGGACAGGGUCCCCAAGUGCCCUGAGAAUGGGUUCUGGGUGGUGCAGCUGUGCAAGGGGAAGAAGUACAUGCCCACCAUGCCCAGCCUGACCCCCAUCACACUAGCGGAGCCCCCCAGCCACGUAGGCAUCUUCCUGGACUUCGAAGCAGGGGAGGUGUCCUUCUACAACGUGAAGGAUGGGUCCCACUUGCACACCUAUGCCGAGCCCAAGUUCUCUGGCCCCCUGCAACCGUUUUUCUGCCUGGGGGCCCCCAAAUCAGGCCAGAUGGUCAUCUCUACAGUGACCCUGUGGGUGAAGGGUUAGGGGCCCAGGCUGGGAGGGGAAGGGUCAGCCCUGAUCCCUCCGGAAGGUGAGGUGGUCCAGCUCAGCACAGGCCACCUGCCAGGCUUAUCUCUGGCGGAGUCUUUGGGAGCCACCAGCAGGCAGGGUGAUUUCACAAAGCUGAGAUAUCAUUGUGAUUAAAGCAGUUUAAAUGUUAA